CUGCGGGUCGCUGUGAGCCACUUUCUCCUCCUCCUCGUCUUCCUCCUCCUUCUCGUCUUCCUCCUCCUUCUCGUCUUCCUCCUCCUCCUCCUCUUCCUCCUCCUCCUCCUCCCCCUCGUCCUCCUCCUCCUCCUCCAGCUCCUGCUCGGAGCGGCCUCCGCGCGCGCGAUUGCGCGGCCCCGCGCUCGCCUCCCCCGCGCGCUCCCCCCGCCCGCGCGCGCGCGCACACAUCGUCUCCGGCUCUCAGCUCGGUCUGCUCGCAGUCACAGACACUUGAGCACACGCGUACACCCAGACAUCUUCUGGCUGCUAUUGGAUUGACUUUGAAGGUUCUGUGUGGGUCGUCGUGGCUGCAUGUUUGAAUCAGGUGGAGAAACACUUCAAGGCUGGAAGAAGUAGAGAUUAUUAUUUUUUUUUCUCCCUCUUUCUCUCUCUUAAGAAAGGAAAAUAUCCCAAGGACUAAUCUGAUCGGGUCUUCCUUCAUCAGGAACGAAUGCAGGAAUUUGGGAACUGAGCAGUGCAAGUGCUGAAGAAGGAGAUUUGUUUGGAAGAAACAGGAAAGAGAAAGAAAAGGAAGGAAAAAAUACAUAAUUUCAGGGACGAGAGAGAGAAGAAAAACGGGGACUAUGGGGAGAAAAAAGAUUCAGAUUACGAGGAUUAUGGAUGAGCGUAACAGGCAGGUGACAUUUACAAAGAGGAAAUUUGGGUUGAUGAAGAAGGCCUAUGAGCUGAGCGUGCUGUGUGACUGUGAGAUCGCGCUGAUCAUCUUCAACAGCACCAACAAGCUGUUCCAGUACGCCAGCACCGAUAUGGACAAGGUGCUGCUGAAGUACACAGAGUACAAUGAGCCACACGAGAGCCGGACGAACUCAGACAUUGUGGAGACACUGAGAAAGAAGGGCCUUAAUGGCUGUGACAGCCCAGAUCCUGAUGCAGACGAUUCAGUAGGUCACAGCCCUGAGUCUGAGGACAAGUACAGGAAAAUUAACGAAGAUAUUGAUCUAAUGAUCAGCAGGCAAAGAUUGUGUACUGUUCCACCUCCCAACUUUGAGAUGCCAGUCUCCAUCCCAGUGUCAAGUCACAACAGCUUGGUGUACAGCAACCCCGUCAGCUCACUGGGAAACCCCAACCUUCUGCCACUGGCCCACCCUUCUCUGCAGAGGAACAGUAUGUCUCCUGGUGUAACACAUCGGCCUCCAAGUGCUGGUAACACAGGUGGUCUGAUGGGUGGAGACCUCACACCCGGUGCGGGCACCAGUGCAGGGAAUGGGUAUGGCAAUCCUCGAAACUCACCAGGUCUGCUGGUCUCACCUGGUAACUUGAACAAGAAUAUGCAAGCAAAAUCUCCUCCCCCCAUGAAUCUAGGGAUGAAUAACCGUAAACCAGAUCUCCGAGUUCUUAUUCCACCAGGCAGCAAGAAUACGAUGCCAUCAGUGUCUGAGGACGUCGACCUGCUUUUGAAUCAAAGGAUAAAUAACUCCCAGUCUGCUCAGUCAUUGGCUACCCCAGUGGUUUCCGUAGCAACUCCUACUUUACCAGGACAAGGGAUGGGAGGAUAUCCAUCCGCCAUUUCAACAACUUAUGGUACUGAGUACUCCCUGAGUAGUGCAGACCUGUCGUCUCUGUCUGGAUUUAACACCGCCAGCGCUCUCCAUCUUGGGUCAGUAACUGGCUGGCAACAGCAACACCUGCAUAACAUGCCGCCAUCCGCCCUCAGUCAGCUGGGAGCUUGCACUAGCACUCAUUUAUCUCAGAGUUCAAAUCUCUCCCUGCCUUCUACUCAAAGCCUCAACAUCAAGUCAGAACCUGUUUCUCCUCCUAGAGACCGUACCACCACCCCAUCGAGAUACCCACAACACACGCGUCACGAGGCGGGAAGAUCUCCUGUUGACAGCUUGAGCAGCUGUAGCAGUUCCUACGACGGGAGCGACCGAGAGGAUCACCGGAACGAAUUCCACUCCCCCAUUGGACUCACCAGACCUUCGCCGGACGAAAGGGAAAGUCCCUCAGUCAAGCGCAUGCGACUCUCUGAAGGAUGGGCAACAUGAUCAGAUUAUUACUUAAUAGUUUUUUUUUUCUUGCAGUGUGUGUGUGUGCUAUACCUUAAACGGGGAAGGGGGGUCGAUAUGCAUUAUAUGUGCUGUGUGUGGAAAAAAAAAAAAAGUCAGGUACUCUGUUUUGUAAAAGUACUUUUAAAUUGCCUCAGUGAUACAGUAUAAAGAUAAACAGAAAUGCUGAGAUAAGCUUAGCACUUGAGUUGUACAACAGAACACUUGUACAAAAUAGAUUUUAAGGCUAACUUCUUUUCACUGUUGUGCUCCUUUGCAAAAUGUAUGUUACAAUAGAUAGUGUCAUGUUGCAGGUUCAACGUUAUUUACAUGUAAAUAGACAAAAAGGAAACAUUUGCCAAAAAAACGGCAGAUCUUUACUGAAAGAGAGAGCAACUGUUAUGCAACAUAUAGAAAAAAAAUGUAUAGGUGUUUUUGGACAGACCCGCCUAAGGGUGGCCACGGGUGAAUGAUAGGAACAUACGAGGUCACCUAACAUCCUGAGAACGCUCAGAAACCUGCAGGCGUUUCAUUGGCGUAUGGCACUCAUUACAAAGGAUCAAUGACCAUUAAAAGAGGACCAUACUUAUUUAAAAACAUGUGGAGUUUGAGGGGCUAACGUAUUUAAUUAAAAUAAAUGAAAUCUGGGUCUGCAUCUCUUAUUAAAUAAAAUUAUAAAAAAUAUGUACAUUACAUUUUGCUUAUUUUCAUAUUAAAGGUAAGACAGAGUUUGCAAAGCAUUUGUGGCUUUUUGUAGUUUACUUAAGCCAAAAUGUGUUUUUUUCCCCCCUUGAUAGCUUCGCUAAUAUUUUAAACAGUCCUGUUAAAAAAAAAAAACCAAAAAGGACUUUUUGUAUAGAAAGCACUACCCUAAGCCAUGAGGAACUCCACGCUUUGCUAACCAAGAUAACUGUUUUCUCUUUGUAGAAGUUUUGUUUUUGAAAUGUGUAUUUCUAAUUAUAUAAAAUAUUAAGAAUCUUUUAAACAAAUCUGUGAAAUUAACAUGCUUGUGUAUAGCUUUCUAAUAUAUAUAAUAUUAUGGUAAUAGCAGAAGUUUUGUUAUCUUAAUGGGGGAGGGGGUAUAUUUGUGCAGCUGCACAUUCGAGUAACUAUUUUCUUUCUGUUUUCUUUUACUCUGCAUACAUUUUUAAAGUUAAGGUCAGCUGUCAAGGAUAACCUGUGGGAUUAGAUCAUAUCACAUGGCAACACCCUAAAUUGUUUUUAAUCCAUUAGCAGUGUAUUGGAUCAACUGACAUCCAUUGUAUAUACUAAUUAGUUUCUUUCAUGCUAUUUUAUUUUAUUUUUUUGCAUUUUUAUCAAAUGCAGGGCCCCUUUCUGAUCUCACCAUUUCACCAUGCAUCUUGGAAUUCAGUAAGUGCAUACCCUAACUUGCCCAUAUUCUAAAUUGUCUGGUUGGUUUUCAGCCUAGAAUUAGAUAUGCUUUUUAGGAAUAUGCCCAGAAUUGAGAUUGUGUUGGGGCACAUGUCCUGCAAAUAUGCUCUAGGAACAAGUGAUAUGGAAUUAAAUUGAUGCAUAAGUUAUAAUAAAUUCCCACUGAAGAAAAAUGUGAAAGACUGGGUGCUAGACAAGAAGGAAGCAGGUAAAGGGAUAGUUGCUGUAUCAUCUACCUUUAAUUACUUUCCAUACUGACCCUUAAGACUCGUGUCAGCAAUGUAGGACUGUUGAACAAUCCCAGUGUGUCAGGACCUCCAGGUGUCACUUCUGCAUAAAGCAUGUAUGUCAUCUAUUUUUUUUUCUUCAAUAAAGAGAUUUAAUAGCCAUUUCAAGAAAUCCCAUUAAAGAACCUCUCUAUGUCCCUUUUUUAAAAUUUUUCAAGAAAUAUGACUCCUGUCUAAUAAUCGUCUACAAGGGAUUAAUUUUCAGACCCUUUAAAAAGUGAGUGCCAUAAAAAAUUAUAUAUAUAUAUAUAUAUAUAUAGUUAAAAAGAGAUUUCAGCCUAAGAAAUCAUUUUCCUUCUCUUGAAAUGUGAAGAUCUGUGGAUUCCUCUCCAGUCACAUGCAUUGACAUAACACAGCCAAGAAGACAGAGACAGUAAAAUCAACCAUGCUAUAUCAUACGUAGGACAUUUAUUUCCCCUUAUUUUUCCUCCUUCAUUUACUUGCAUAGUUGCUGUAUGUUUCUCAUUGUAAAAUACUGCCGCUGGGUGGCAAAAGCCAAGAGACCUUACUAACUAGGCUAUAUUUUUCUUAACUUGAUCUGAACUCAACACUUAGACCACCACAAAGCACCUUCAAUUGUGUUCAGAUAGGAUGCUUGCCUGCCUUGUACUAACGUUUUAUAGACUAAAAUCAAAAACAUUAAAAAGAUCAGCCAUUGCACAUACCCCUCUAUUCAAGGUGUCUACGGAACUUGGAGAAAAACAAUUAUUCAGAGGACAAUUAGAAGUCAUCCCUGAAAAGAAGCACAUGUACAUGCAAGCUCGUGUGUGUGUGUGUGUGUGUGUGUGUGUGUGUGUGUGUGUGUGUGUGUGUGAUAAAAGCUAGGGACAUAAUUUUUCUCACUGUAGAUGGGUCCCAUUAUUACAACUCAUCCAUAGGACCUGAUGUGUAUGAAAUAUGCAAACAUGUCAUCAAUGCUCUUUGUCAUUUCAUAACACCAAUAUCAGUAGAAAUUUACCAGGGGGUAGGGAAGGGUCAUGAUGAAAAAAAAAAAUAGCCAUAUUACUAAUAUUUUACCUGUGAUUUGCCUCAGCCACAGAGAAAGGGUGAAUUUCUAAUGCUGAGGAUACAGCGAGCUAGCUACAGUACCAGCAGAAGCCUUGGCUAUUUAUAGCAAUUCUGACAAUAAUUUUAGAAGAACAUGUAGAGACCAGAAUCACUUGAAAAUGAAUGCCAGUCAUCUCUUGUUCCCACUACUGAAUUAAUAUAAAGUAGUGGCAAGAUAGCGAAAGGAUACUCUGAGAAUUUUUUUUAAUGAUUUAAUGAAAAGAAGCACAAUUUUGAUUGUGACGAGUCACUUUCUAUAACAAAAAAAAAAAAGUCACUGUCUGUCUUUACCCUUAUACCUUAUCUGUCAUUUUUACCCUUAUACCUUAUUUGUCAUUUACCAUUUAUUGUACGAGCAAGGCUAAUAUGGUUUUGGAUUUUUAUCACAGUAAAUUCUUUGUAUUCAGGAAUUAAGGGCAGAGCCCCGAGGGAGUGUUAUUUUACUUAACCCAUCCUAGAAUAACAUUUUAGGCAACAUUCAUCAUUGCAAUUAAAAGAAUUUUAAAGGGAAUUUUAAGCAGUAACUCGUGUUGCUAUAGUUCAUUCUAUUUUAAAAGGGUUUUGGUAAUCCUAACCUUAAGUACUGCUGACACUGAUGCAAUAUACAGAAACCGCACAGCCUGUGCAUUAAAUGCAUUGGUGCAUGGGAAGCUAUCAUUUCAACCUUUUUACAAAUUCUUUUUUUUAGUAAAAAUGACUUAUUUUUCCCCAAAAAUGGGAUUUAGCAUUUUGUAAUGGUGAAUAAGAAAAUAUCUAUCUUCCUACUAUCAUUUUAAGGUUAAUUAAAGGGAGUAGUAAAAAAAAAAAAAAAGAUACUUUUUAAAAAGAAUGGUUGCCCUCUCACUGUUACCUAUUUGUUUUUCUUAAACACCUCUCUUAACUUUGAAAUAGAAUUGUUGCCCCCUGUAUCCUUUUGUUUAUUUUUCCAAAGAGUAAGCCCUUUUUGUAUUUCUUUCUUUUAAAAAAAUCAAAUUAUUUUUCAAAGAAGCAGCCACUUGAACCUUCAGUAAAGGCUGUUGCCUAAGCAUGGCAGACUUCAUCUGUUCCUGUUUGUACCAUCUGCUGUGAUGUCGUCACUUACAUGGCGUUAAUUUCCUGCCACUACAGAUCUUUUGAAGAUUGAUGGAAUGCUGGUGUCUGUUAGAAUGCUUCAGACUACAGAUGUCAUUAAAGGCUUUUCAUAAUAGAUGUUAACCAAAGAUGUGGAGCAAUCCAAGUCACAUUACCUUCUACAUUAAAUUUGUCCAUUUUGGUUCUUUUCCUAAUCGGGUAUUCCAUUUUUGCCUUCCCUAUUCAUACCUCAAAUUGAUUCAUACCUCAGUUGAAUUCAGAGAGGUCAGCUAAGUGAUGGAAUCUGUUGUGGUUUAAAUACAGCACCAGUGUUCUCUUAGAGCAAAGUAGACCUGAGUCAGUGUAGGCAUAGGACUUGGAUUGCUUCAGAUGGUUUGCUGUAUCAUUUCUCUUCUUUUUUCUUUUUCUGGGGACUUGUUUCCAUUAAAUGACAGUAACUAAAAUAGCUUGUAAAUGAGGGCAUACAAGCAUUUGCAACAAAUAAUCAAAUAGAGGCUCACAGCGGCAUAAGCUGGACUUUGUCGCCACUAGAUGACAAGAUGUUAUAACUAAGUUAAACCACAUCUGUGUAUCUCAAGGGACUUAAUUCAGCUGUCUGUAGUGAAUAAAAGUGGGAAAUUUUCAAAAGUUUCUCCUGCUGGAAAUAAGGUAUAAUUUGUAUUUUGCAGACAAUUCAGUAAAGUUACUGGCUUUCUUAGUGA